AUGGAAAAAAUUCAAAUAAUUUCAACUUGUUUAAUUGGAGCAACAUCAAAUGAUGAAUCAAUUUCAUACAAAAACACCCCUAAAGUUUCUAAAAUUGAAAUGACACCAUGGGAUUUACAACUCCUUCUUGACACCAUCCAAAAAGGUCUCAUUUUCCACAAACCAAAAAGAGAUGAAAAUAACAUCCACAAAUCAUCAUUUAUUGACCACUUAAAAAAAUCCCUUUGUCACACUUUACAUUUCUUUCCCCCCUUAGUCGGUCGAUUUUCGAUCGUUAAAAACUCAGACGACGAUACAGUUUCUUUUUUUAUAACAUGUAACAAUGCUGGAGUGGAAUUCAUCCACGCCAACACUCCAAAAUUAACUGUAUUUAUGAUUCUUGAUUCUACACACGUACCGAGUAUUAUUCACUCUUUGUUUCCAUUGAUUAAUACUCGAAAUUUCGAAGGUGUUACUAAGCCUUUAUUUGGGGUUCAAAUAACGGAGCUUGUUGAUGGUUAUUUUAUUGGAUGUACUAUGAAUCAUACAUUAGUUGAUGGUACUUGUUUUUGGCAUUUCUUUAAUUCUUGGGCUGAAAUUUCUCGUGGACAUAAAAUCAUUUCUAAAAUUCCAAUUUUAGAACGUUAUUUUCCGGAGAAAAUAGAUGUCCCAAUUCAUCUUCCCAUGAAUUUGGAUGAUGAGAAAUUGUUUGAAAAGUUCGAAGUUCCAACGUUGAUGGAAAGGGUAUUUCAUCUUAGUAAAGAAAAUAUUGGUAGACUGAAGAAUAAGGCCAAUAAUGAAAUGGGUAUUAACUCGAUUUCUUCUUUUCAAGCUUACUUGGCUCAUCUAUGGCGAUGUGUUACUCGAUGUCGUAAGCUUGAUGCUGGGAAAGAAGUCAUCAUCACCAUUCCUAUAGGCGCAAGAUCAAGACUAAAUCCUCCUCUUCCAAAAGGGUAUUUUGGAAAUGCAAUUCAUGGCAAGCAAGUAAAGACAAGUGUAGGGGAGCUACUAGAAAAUGGACUAGGAUGGGUUGCAAUGCAAAUAAACAAGAUGGUUGUUUCUCAAAACUCUGAAGAAGUGGUGAAAAUAUACAAAGGAUGGGUUGAAAAUCCAGUUAUAUUAAAAAAGGGGUCAGUAUAUGAGGGGAAUAAUAGAUUGCUCAUUAGUAGUUCUCCUAGGUAUAAUAUUUAUGAUAAUGAUUUUGGUUGGGGAAAACCAAUUGGUGUGAGGAGUGGAAUGGCAAAUAAACGUGAUGGGAAAAUUACUUUAUUUCCUGGUGAAAAAGAAGGAAGUGUAGAUAUUGAAGUUUGCAUUUUGCAAGAGACUUUGGAAGCAUUGGAGAAUGAUCAAGAAUUCAUGGAGUUUGUAACCAAGACUUAA